CUGAUUGUAACAUUUUCCAAACCUUGAUUUUGAAAGCAGAUGAAUAUAUAAUUUUAAGCUCACAGCCUCUUAAUUGAGAUAUAAUGUUUUUUGUUUUUGGAGUAUUCUGCUCUACUCAUCUAUUUUAGACCCAGUUGUUGGUCACUGCUGUUGUCUUCUGCCGCUUAAGUUUCUUUUUCAUUGGCCUUUUUGUGAACCGUUUUAUAUAAUUUAGAUAAGUGGAGGCAUUUUGCUCCUCUCUCACACGCAUAUCCUGCUUUCAGGGGGGAAAGGGUAUGGGUGAUUGAGGUUCAAAGAGCGAAUCCCUUCCUUUAUUGAUAAGGAAACAUUUUUGAGCAUGAUUAUGUCUUGCCACUUUUGAGGACGCAAGGAAGACUUAAAGACCCUCCAGGUGACUCUUUCAGCUAUUGCAUGACUGCACAACCCUGACGCAUCCGCGGAGGACGAGACUGCGGCAAUGGAAAGUAUUUCAAAUGAAAGUGACAUUUGGCAGUUCAAUGAAUCUUGGAGGAACUCGAGUCUCAUUAACGGAACCGGUGGCUCGAAUCAGACAAACCCCCUGAAGCGAAAUGAAGAAGUGGCGAGGGUGGAGGUGACUGUGCUCGCCUUGGUGCUCUUCCUGGCGCUCGCGGGUAACCUGUGCGUCCUGUUGGCUAUCCACACAACCAAACACAGCCAGUCUCGUAUGUAUUAUUUCAUGAAACACCUGAGCAUCGCCGAUCUGGUUGUGGCGAUAUUUCAAGUUCUCCCUCAACUUAUUUGGGACAUUACAUUUCGGUUCUAUGGACCAGACAUCUUGUGCCGGUUGGUGAAAUACCUGCAGGUCGUUGGGAUGUUCGCCUCCACUUAUAUGUUAGUUUUGAUGUCCAUAGACAGGUGUUUGGCAAUUUGUCAGCCGCUCCGUUCUUUGCACAGGAGAAAAGACCGUUUAUAUGUCAUAUUUUCUUGGAUCCUGAGUCUGCUCUUCAGUAUCCCGCAGAUGUUCAUCUUUUCCCUGAGAGAGGUUGGCUCGGCUGGAUCAGGAGUGUACGACUGCUGGGGCGACUUCGUGAAACCUUGGGGAGCCAAAGCUUACAUCACUUGGAUCAGCCUCACCAUAUACAUAAUUCCAGUGGCCAUACUGAGCAUUUGUUACGGGUUGAUAAGCUUUAAAAUAUGGCAAAACUUUAAACUGAAAACUAGACGGGAGCAAUGUAUAAGCCUGACGCCUAAAACCACCAAAAGCAACACACUGGCCCGUGUAAGCAGUGUAAAGCUCAUCUCCAAGGCGAAGAUCACAACAGUGAAGAUGACCUUUGUGAUCGUGGUGGCUUAUAUCGUGUGCUGGACCCCCUUUUUCUCGGUUCAGAUGUGGUCUGCGUGGGAUCCAGCUGCCCCCCGUGAGGCCAUGCCCUUCAUUAUCUCCAUGCUGCUGGCCAGCCUCAACAGCUGCUGUAACCCUUGGAUCUAUAUGUGCUUCGCCGGGCAUCUGUUCCAGGAUCUUAGGCAGAACUUUCUUUGCUGUUCCACUCGCUACCUCAAGUCAUCCCAGUGCCACUGUGAGCGUGACUUUAACUCCAGUCACAAGAGCAACUCAUCAACCUUUGCCAUUAAGAGCACAAGCAGUCAGAGGAGCAUCACACAGACUUCUACCACAUAAGCCCUUGCCCUCUCUUUCCCUUCUCAUGCUGUGCCCUCAGCCCUUCACUGCGUGCUGUCGACCAUAAAAUAUCCAGCAGUUUGAUUUCUUUAAAUACCUCCUCACUGAGGUUUGCUAUUCAGAAGGGGGGAAGUAAACAAAAGUCUUCUUCUUCUUCUUUUUUUAAUAUCAGCAUGAAGUGAAAAUGAAAUUGUGAAAAGAGAAAACCUUCUGCAAAGUAUUACAGGCGGGGGACGGGCGGGGGGUAAAGUGUUGUUCUUUAAAACUCACAGAGGUAAUCACAGACUAAGCUGUAUAAUCAGCUGAAUCUUUUUGAAUUUUUUUUUUUUUACAUUUUUCUUUUUGAAUAUGCUUACAGUACAUGUUUAUGUGUUUGAAAUGCAGAAGAAGUAAAUGAGUAUUUAAAAAGCUUCUGAGCACAAUCAUCCAUCAGUUAGUGUCACCAGCAAAGCUUGUGGAUCCUAUUUGUCAUGCUGUGUUAUGAUGAAAUUGUUCUUCUGUUGUAAAUAUUGUGCACCACAUUGUUCACCUUGUUACGUUUUCAGAAUACUGCAACCUGUAAAAUGUUACUUGAGCUCUUGUUAGAUGUGACAUGGUAAAAAUUUUAUAAAUGGAUUAAAAAUAAAGAAUAAAAGCAACUAAAAAUAAAAAUGCAAUUAUGAUAUAAUUGUUUAA